AUGUACCUUACCGACGAGAUCUUCAAGACGGCCGACGCUGCUGCCGACCAUCCCUACUACUCUCCUCCUGCGGACAGCACUCAGCACUCAGCCGACCACCUGGGCAAGAGGAAACGCGGCGCUGGCGGCGACGAAUACACCACCAACACUGUACCCCUCAAAAACAUCAAGAUCUUCCCGCCGCACCACCAUAACCCCGUCGACUAUCCCUACUCCUCCGCCGACCCAACCGCUCUCUACCCCUCCCCUCCUCGCCGAAAACAACAUGCCCGCAUAUUCGCCCACUCGCGUCGCACCGCUCACCACGCCCGCCAGUCGCCCGUCACUCUCGACAAGCACCGGCCCGUCUCUCGCCUACCGCCCGCGACAUCACCAGCAAUAAUAACGAGGCCAGCAACCGCCGACCUCACCGCCUGCCACUGCUGCCACCGCGCCCCGAAGCAAAAGCGCGACCUGGACAACUACUCAGCCUGCACGGCGUGCGGCGCCCGCACCUGCUACAUCUGCAUGCGCGUGUGCGAGCAAGGCAUCGGCUGUGGUAGCUACACCAAAGGUCAUGGCGUCGACGGCGAGAACAGCCGCAGGAAGAUCUGCCGGGAAUGCUGCAUCGAGAGCGGACCCGAGGGAGAGACGUGGUGCUUCGAUUGCGUGGCAUUGGGCGAAGGUGGUGGUGGCCGAGUUGCCAACCGUGACGGGCAGGGCGAGCACGAAGGCGAGGAGAUGGUUAUGGGAUGA